UUCCUUCCUCCAACUUUUCUUCCCAUUUAUAAUAUCUUCCAUUCUUCACAAAAACCCAUUUGCUACUUUCUGUCGCACCUUCCUAGACCCUCAAAAGAUGAAGUCAAAAUUCAUCGAAAAGAACAUGCCUGCUUGGUUUGGGAGAAAAUCUACCAAGAACAAGGAUAAUCAACAACAACGUCAGCGGGAUCAAGAGCAAAAACUUCAGGAUAACCCAUUUUUCAGAAAUAAUUAUCAGGGUUUGAACAGCCAGCCGUCACCCAUCAAGAAUGAUAACGAUAAGAAGCACAAAACGAGUUUUGACGACGUCCUUUUGGCUCACCGGGAGUUCUCUCCUUCGUCUUCUUCUUCUACUCCGUUGGCCGGAGCCGGAACAUACGGGACGUCGUCUGGGUUCUCGGGUUUUGAUUCGGAUCGUAUAGCGCAUCCUCUACCUCAGCCGUCUAUAUCACCGACAACAUCGAUUGGAAUAGUGGAUCAUCAUGGGUCAGGGUCGGUGUCCUCCAGUGGUGGCUCCUCCGUGUCCUCUGCUGAUGAGCAUAAUCUUGAUCAUGGUCAAUUGGGGGUUUUCAGGGCCUUUCAUAGAAACAGCUGCACUACUCUUUGGGUAGAAGUCAGAGGGUAUGGGGAGACCAAGUUCAUCCCUCAACCAAGAAGUCCUGGUCCAGGGUCGAGGGUGGGUGCAACCACUUCACCUCUCCAUCCACGGUUCGGCAGUACAUGUCUAGACUCUCCUAACAAAAAGUUAGAUGAUGGGAGAAGUGAAUGCCAUCCACUGCCCCUUCCACCUGGUUCACCUACGAGCCCAUCUUCCGCUUUGUCCAGUAUCAGAACUUGCAGCUCUCCUACUAGUCCCUCUUCCGUCUUGUCCAAUAUGAAAACUCUUAGUGUCAUGGAAAAUUCAAGUUGUCAAUCGUCCAAGUGGAAGAAGGGAAAAUUGCUGGGAAGAGGCACAUUUGGACAUGUUUACCUCGGUUUUAACAGUGAGAGUGGGCAGAUGUGUGCUAUAAAAGAAGUAAGAGUCGUUGUGGAUGAUCAGUCAUCAAAAGAAUGUCUCAAGCAAUUGAACCAGGAGAUCACUUUGCUCAGUCAGCUUUCACAUCCAAACAUCGUUCAAUACUAUGGAAGUGAACUGGCAGAAGAGUCACUAUCUGUUUACUUGGAAUAUGUCUCUGGUGGUUCCAUUCACAAGUUACUUCAAGAAUAUGGUCCGUUUAGGGAGCCGGUAAUUCAAAAUUACACCAGGCAAGUCCUUUGCGGGCUUGCCUACUUGCAUGGAAGAAAUACAGUACACAGGGAUAUUAAAGGUGCGAAUAUAUUAGUGGACCCUAAUGGUGAAAUUAAGCUUGCUGAUUUUGGCAUGGCAAAACAUAUAACAAAUUGUACUUCAAUGCUUUCUUUCAAAGGGAGCCCAUACUGGAUGGCGCCUGAGGUCGUAAUGAAUACGAAUGGUUACAACCUUGCCGUUGAUAUUUGGAGUUUGGGAUGCACAAUUCUUGAAAUGGCAACAUCGAAGCCUCCUUGGGGCCAAUAUGAGGGGGUGGCAGCAAUAUUCAAGAUUGGGAAUAGCAAAGAUAUGCCUGAAAUCCCUGAACAUCUUUCAAAUGAUGCAAAAUCUUUUAUAAAGCAAUGCCUACAACGGGACCCAUCUUUACGACCCUCAGCCUCGAAACUGUUGGAUCACCCAUUUGUACGGGAUCAAGCUACAUCAAGAGUAGCCAAUGUCAGCUUAACCAAGGAAGCAUUUCCGUUCACUUUUGAUGGAAGUCGUACGCCGACCGCCUCUGAAAUGCACUCUAACAGAACAAACAUCAAUUCGUUCGAGGGACCUGUAGCAACAGCAUCUAGAGGUGUAAUGUUGAGUCCAAGGAGAAACACGAGAACGAUCGUCUCAUUGCCAGUAUCCCCGACUUCAAGCCCAUUACGGCAGUACGGAUCUGCAUACAGGAGUUGUUACAUGCCAACCCCUCCCCCAUCUUAUACCAUGAUCGGUCAAAAUAAUCAUAGUUUGAACGACGUUUUGGCAGUUCCAUCAAGGCCCAACGCCAAAACCACACUCGACCCUUGGUAUGAAAUCCCUCAGGCUAAACCGCAUACGCCCACUAGGUCACCAAGAUCGCGGCUCAUUUGAUAUGGGUCUCGAGUGGCCCAAAAAACCGUCCUAAUCGAGGAUUGAUCCAAGGACGAGCAUAAGAGUUUGAUGUGCGUUUUGCUUGCUUGCCAUCUGAAAAGAGUUCGGGUGAUGGAGGUGGCUUGCAGUUUGUUUGCCUGUUGGGGAGGGCAUGGACGACAGGGAAUUUGCUUGGUACUUUUUCGACUUUGUGAUUCAAUGUAAAUAAAACCGGCUAGCAUGAGUUUUCAUUACUGUAUACGAACAUGUUAGAGACUAGUCCGUUUCCAUGACGUUUGUGGCUCGAUAAAUUUGUGUUGGCCAGAUUUCUUGUAGAACGAAAGUACAUGAGGGUUUUCAUUUUCUUGACUUUGAAA